AUGCUCUCCAGGCAAAUCCGAGCCCAGGAGGGGAGCGGGAAAAGGGAAUGGACUCCACAUACCCCCGGUGAAACACCAAAAAAGCCCGCGCGGGGCUCGCGUGCCUCGGCCGGGGUCAGCGGGGUGCGAGGGGCGCGUGUGCCGUCUGGGCAGCUGUCUGGCGCGGGUUGCCUGUUCUCUCUUCCGCCGGUGCGGGGCGCGGGUGGGACCAGGGGAGAGUGCACGGGGGACAUGACAGGGGCCCGGAGGCCGACGGCUGGGACCGGAGGGGACGCGGGGGGGCAGCGGGGCCCGCAGGGCGGGGCCGCGGGGACCGGGGACUGGGGGGCGUAUGGUGGCCGGCGGGAGGGACAGGGGCGGGAACCACGGGGCAGCGGGGAGGAGGGCGUGCGACGCUGGGCCGAGGGCCGGGCCUGCCGGGACGGGGCGCGGGGGCCCGCGGGGCCCGCGGGGGGCCGCGCGGGACCGUCGGGGGGUGGCCGCGGGGCCUCGGCUCGGGGCCGAGAGGCGGGUCGCGGGGGCCCGCGUGUGGCAGACGAGGGGAGGGGCCGGGCGGGGCUAGCGGGCUCGCGCGAGGGUGGGCCGAGGCCGCAGGGCCGCGGUCGGGCCGCGGGGCGGGGGGGCGGGGCGUGGGCGGGGCGGUCCACAGGGGCUAGCGGGGCCGCGGGCGGGGCGCGGGGGCGCGAGCGGGGCGGCGGGGACGCGGGCCGCUGGCGGCGCGGGCGGGCCGCGGGUGGCAGCGGGGAGAAGGGCCAGCGGGCGGGGACGCGGGGGAGGGGGGCGCGGGCGGGGCCGCGGGGCGGGCGCGUGGCCGGGGGCACGGGCGGGCAGCGGGGGCCGCGGCGGGGCCGGGCGGGGGAGCGGGGAGGGGCACACGGGCGGGGCCCGGGGCCGCCGGCCGCGGCCGGGGCCAGGGGCAGAGGGCGGGGCAGCGGGGCCGCGGGGGGCCGGGCAGCGGGCCGCGGGGCGGGCCGGUGGGCCGCGGGGCCGCGGGCGGCGCGCGGGCCGCGGGGGGGCCCGAGGGCCACGGGCGUGGACGCGGGCCGCUGGGCCGCUGCGGGCCGCGGGCGCGCUCGUGGCCGCGCGGGGCCGCGGGCUGGCCGCCGGGGCGGGCCCCGGGGCCGGUCGGGGCCGGGACGCGGGGCGCGGGUGCCGUGGCGAGGCGCGCGGGCGGUGCGGGGGCGGGCAUAG